AUGGAUCAGCCACCCGGUGCAGAACUCGGACGCAAAAAGCGCGGACGACCAUGCCAGUACGCUACUCCCCAGGACAAAGCUAAUGCGAACAAUGAACAGAGGCGAGCAAAGCGACAGAAGGCAGCCUCUGCGAAAAGGGACAGGCAGCAUGCGAAUUUCUACAGCAUAGGCCUUCCUUCCGCCUUGCCCCCAAUUCCUUGUCCAGUCGACGGCGGAAACCCGAUCCAGUCCGGUCAUGGACCCGAGAGUGUUAGCAUGAUAUCGGAGGUCCAUAGCCACGCUCUAGAGCUCAAUAAUCUAGACAUCUCGCAUCUCCUUCCUCCGCCUACCCCUCCCCUGCAACCAGUUAUACCAGAAGAGACUUCCUUGGAGGAUGGCGAAGCUUCUUUGGAAGCACCGUUGCCGCCGUUGCCACUCUUUCUUGCCGCUUACCUGGAAUCCACUGCAGACCUCUGUCCCGAGGUCCUCAGCUCUACCCGCAUCGCCUCUCGAGAAGAUGAUCUUUCUGGAAAGAUAAGCACUCCAGGUCGGCGGCAGAUCUAUUGCGGUCUUGGGUCCGAGAACCAGGCGCCUCAUAUUUGCUUAAAUCAGGAUGAACGGGUCACACACGUUGCCGGGAUCGGCUUUGACGUGGAUAGCAUCACGGGGUUUCCUAGUAACCUUGCCGUCGCCAAGCAAGGGAUUCGAUGGUUUCCUACCCAGAUGCCCGUUUCAGAUCUGCAGUCAGAUCUCCAUCUCCGUCAGAGACAGGUUCACUACUUCGAUACGGCUGGGAACCAGCGUCAAGUCAACCGUCCUGUGCAUCAAAUCCCACAUUACACUUUUGGCCGCCUCGUCGGAUUCGAAGAUGUCUCGCUGUACUUGCUGUUCCCGCACUUAUACCGCGAAGAGCAGCAGUAUAGUCGCCUUCGGGAUGAAGACUUUCGCACAUGGAUGGACGGCGUGUUGCUACCUGUUAUUUAUCAGCAUUACAGCAGUUCACAUGUCCAACACUACCCCUCGAGCUAUGACCACAGUAAAUGUAAUGCCACCGCUCGCGGCGUUGAGACGCUCGCCCAGCGAGUGCAUCCAGUUGCUCGGGAGCAACAGCUUAUGUAUUACCUCCCUCCCGAGUCUUUGGAAGCCAUUUGGGCCUCCAUCCUGGAUGUGGUUGAACAACCAGGAUUUCAGCACUUCCGCAACGUCACUAUCCUCUUCCAAGCCAAGAACUUGAAGGUCCUAACGAAGGACAUCACCUGGGCGCAAAUGAUGGCACGCUUCCAGAGUUACUGGGCCAAUGCGAUUGACGACAGGUACAUCACGGCAGACUUCUACUUCGAUAUUGGGAAGGAGACCUGUCCUCAGCAGGCAUCUCAGGUUGCAUCCUCUGUCAAUGGACGGACGGGUAAUGCUGAUGCUGAUGGCUUCGUCUGCAUGCCGGCCGGGACACUCUUGUAUAAACGGUGCUGUCUCCAAUCGUAUGCACAUUUAAUACAAAAUGUCUCUACUGCCAAGGAGACUCAGAAGCAGGUUUUCUAUCCCUUCAGCAUGCUCCAUGAUACCGGAAGCCUGACUGUCGAGACGGGUCAGCGAUCCUUAUGGCGCGCAGCCGGACUUCUCUACACUCAGUUCUACCCCAGUGUCAAGGAGAUCUUUGCAGCAGGAAAUAUCUAUCCAUUCACCAACACCGCAGUCGAGACACUCGCCUUGGAUAAGAAGCUACGACGAACUUGGGAACUGGUUGGGGGUGCCCUCAGCCACCAGCCAGCCGCAUUGAUGAAGGCAUACCUGUAUACCAAGCUUCGUUGCCAUUUUGCCUUGGCAGGGUCAACACGAAAGUCAUUCGGCGUUCGGGAAGAGCAUCGUGUCUCUAAGGAACUAUUCGAUGCCAUCGACGCGGAGUUCCGUUCUCAGCAACUACAUGAUGAAUGUUUCGUUGUACCAGCCAACGAGAACUCCCCAUACUACAACUUCUCAACGGAAACCGUACUACGCUGGUUGCGAUGGAAUAUCAAUAAGUUCUGUGUUGGAUUUGAAAUGGUAUACAGCUUUCAGGAUCCUCACUUCGUAACAUGGGAACAUACCCGAAUCAUGCUUAUGUUUCUCCGAUGCCUCCAGUUCUCGUACUCCGGAGGCCUAAUACAGAAAUCUGGCGGCUGUUGGCAAGACGUUCGACUUCAGCCCGAUUCAAACCAGCCUAAUGGACUUCGACGAGUCGAAGGCCUCGGAUUUCGGUAUACCAUGGACACGUAUGGCUAUGCCUGGUUUCUCGACAAGGUCGACUGGACUACGCUCACCUUCAAGCAACCCCAUGCGGCCUAUAUGAUGUUUAACAACCCGUCCAUGCAGGCCGCCUACCAUGCUCGAUACCGCCAAAUUCGAGAUGUACGUAUUGACUUCAUUCGGGUGGACAAAGCUCGGCAAUGGAUGAUCGAGUUCAGCUCAGUCCCCGACUGUCUACAACUCCUAGAAAAGUACCUCCGUCAGCUCUGCCUAUGUGCUUUUCGAAAAGACGUCUUUGCCUAUAUCAAGUCCGUACUACAUCCUGAUCACAUGGAGGCAGCCCUAGCGGGCGAGGUCCCUCUUUACUACGAUAGUGUGCGUGAUGCUCUGGCUGAGCGUCACCGUCCGCCCCAGCUUGCAUAUGGACAUCGAUUGGCGGUGAAGAAUAUCGAUGUUCUAUUUGCAUGGCUCUGGGAAUGGAAGGAUGGCCAGUUUGAACGGAAAGGAUGGAACGAUAAGCCAUACCGUAUGUUGUUUCAACAAAGUUUUCAUGCCGUCAAGACCGCUCGAGGGAAAGACGGUGCUCGGAAGUGGCGGCAAGAGCUGAAAAAGUCAUUCCUCAGAAGCCAUUGGAUGCUGCCAUACCCACAGAGCCAAGGAUUCAUGCGCAAAGACAAGCAAACCAAGGAGUUCGUAUGGUGGCCCAGCUUUCACCGUGGACUAAACUCCUACUAUGCACGGUUGCAGCGGCUCGGCUCUCUUGCACAACCAUUGCCAACCUCCAACAUCAAACAUCAUCCGAGCAACGGUUGGCAAUUAGCACCAGGCUACUUUACCGAUAGCCAUAUGCCAUACGUUGUGCAACCAGAGCAGCAGUUACUUCGCAUCUCGGAGGAUGAGUUGUUUGCCAAGCUAGUCAGCCUUCGGGAACAAACGCUGGCUGCUCCACCUCGGGACACUACGACGCCGAGAACAACUGUAACGGAAUUCAAUAUUUCUUCGUCUGAUCAUCCAAUACAUUCCGAGAAAUGGUGCCCGAAAAGGCGAAUGUAUGUUUCUAAGACGUUUGAAGAAAGUGAUUCGCCCGGCGAGUGCGCCGUCUUUCUUAGGAAAGCACUAGAACAAUACGAACUUCUCCAGCACCACCGGCGAAAUCUGCGUCGGCACCGUCGAAAUCGUGCUGGCCACCAACCAGACAUUGAUUCAAAUUCAGAUUCGGAAAGCGCUGAUGACUCUGAGGCUACCUCAGAUGAGGAAAGCCUUGGAGUGAGACGACAAGAGCAAGCAAAGGCAGUGCGGAGUAUUGAAGUCCGAAUGCGAGAGCUCAUCACCCAACAUCAACGAAAAGAAAAACGUUGGCCAAGAGCGAGGAUGGAGCAGCUCGUGUACUAUUAUCGGGUCGGAUUCCGCGAGGACGGCCACUUUGCGAGGGAGAGUGAAGGCCAAGUGUUGCCGCGGGACGUCAUCGAACCGACACCUCAGCAGCAACGGGCCAUGGAAAGCAUCAUCGGCGCCUUGCGGGAACAAGACGAGAGGGGGACGGAAAAGUCAGCCUAA